UCGGAGGAGGAAAAUGGCAGGUGUUAGAGUCAACCUGCCAAUUGGAGCGGGGCGAGAGGCGGAGUAAGCGCGCGCGCGGAAGCCAGUGAGAAGUGGGAGGUAGACGGGCGCGCACUCUCGGGGACAGGAUCUAUAAAGGCAAGGCCCCAAGACCGAAAGCGCGCUUCAGCCCUUUUCUCCGUCCGGGGGACGUAACCGUAGCGCCUCCAGUCCCACACUCCUCGCGCCCGCCCCUUCCGCGCGCCUUCGGCCUACCACCGCCCGCCGGGCCUGAAGGGAAACAUGCUGAACCGCGUCCUGCUCUGCCUAGCCCUGGCCGUGAUGGCCGGGGUCCGCGCUGACGCCCCUAAGGAAGAGGACGACGUCCUGGUCCUGAAUAAGAGUAACUUCGGGGAGGCGUUGAAGAGCUACGAGUACCUCCUAGUGGAGUUCUAUGCUCCUUGGUGUGGCCACUGUAAAGCUCUAGCACCUGAGUAUGCCAAGGCAGCUGGAAAAUUGAAGGCUGAAGGUUCUAAAAUCAGAUUGGCCAAAGUAGAUGCCACUGAAGAAUCUGAUCUCGCACGGCAAUAUGGGGUUCGGGGGUACCCUACUAUCAAAUUUUUUAAGAAUGGAGAUACAACUUCUCCUAAAGAGUAUACAGCUGGUAGAGAAGCUGAAGACAUUGUGAACUGGCUGAAGAAACGGACUAGUCCAGCAGUCACUGUCCUGAGAGAUGUUGCUGCUGCUGAGUCCUUGGUGGAUUCCAGUGAAGUUGCUGUUAUUGGCUUAUUCAAGGAUGUAGAUUCAGAAUUUGUCAAACAGUUCACAUUGGCUGCAGAGUCCAUCGAUGAUAUCCCAUUUGGAAUUUCUUCCAGCAAUGAUGUGUAUUCCAAAUAUCAAAUGGAUAAAGAUGGCAUUAUCCUCCUUAAGAAGUUUGAUGAAGGUAGAAACAACUACGAUGGAGAGAUUACCAAGGAGAACCUAAUGGAUUUUGUUAAUUAUCACCGGCUGCCCUUAGUCAUUGAGUUCACGGAGCAGACGGCCCCCAAAAUUUUUGGAGGUGAAAUCAAGACUCAUAUCCUGCUGUUUCUGCCAAAAAGUGUUUCUGACUAUGAUGACAAACUGAGUAACUUCAAAAAAGCAGCAGAAAGCUUCAAAGGGAAGAUCCUAUUUAUCUUCAUUGAUAGUGACCAUACUGACAACCAGAGGAUCCUUGAGUUCUUUGGCUUAAAGAAAGAGGAGUGCCCAGCUGUCCGCCUCAUCACUUUGGAAGAGGAGAUGACCAAGUACAAGCCUGAGUCAGAUGAAUUAACAGCAGAAAAGAUAAAAGAAUUCUGUGACCGAUUUUUGGAAGGCAAAGUCAAGCCUCAUUUAAUGAGCCAGGACCUACCUGAUGACUGGGACAAGCAGCCUGUUAAAGUACUAGUUGGGAAGAACUUUGAGGAAGUUGCUUUUGAUGAAAAAAAGAAUGUCUUUGUGGAAUUUUAUGCUCCCUGGUGUGGUCACUGCAAACAGCUGGCUCCCAUUUGGGAUAAAUUGGGAGAGACUUAUAAGGAUCAUGAAAGUAUAGUCAUUGCCAAGAUGGACUCAACGGCUAAUGAAGUAGAGGCAGUUAAGGUUCACAGUUUCCCUACGUUAAAGUUCUUCCCUGCAAGUGCUGACAGAACGGUAAUUGAUUACAAUGGAGAGAGAACACUAGAAGGUUUCAAAAAGUUCCUGGAGAGUGGUGGACAAGAUGGGGCAGGGGAUGAUGACGAUCUAGAAGAUUUGGAAGAAGCUGAAGAGCCAGAUAUGGAAGAAGAUGAUGAUCAGACAGCUCCAAAAGAUGAAUUGUAAAGUGGAGAACUAAGUUGACAUAUCCCAAAAAUAAGACACUACAUUAUGGGCUGCUCCAACCAAGCAGCAAAUGCAUCUGGAAACUUGUAAGAUUAACAACUGAAGGAGAGUCUUGAUUGAAAAUCCAGGGAUUUUUAAAAAAAAGUAAUACUUCAUUCUAACAUGUAUGUAAAUUCAAAUGUUCUUUCCUUUUUGCUUUUCAAUUUUUGAAAAGUGAGUUACCUUUAAUAGCCCAGAUCAUUUGGUAAGCCUCCUGUUCUUUCAGGGGAAGGGGUGGGGUGAUGGGUUGUAAAGUUAAAAGCAUGAGUGCUGUUGUCAUUACUAAAUCAUUUUAGUGUCUGCCAUACUGAUAAUAUCUCCUACAAAGGUUCGUGUCAUCCCUUUUUUAAAAAACACAUUUGAUAUUUCAACUACAUGUCAGGGUGUCAAAUAGCAAUGUCACUCACCUUUUAGCUAGUCCUCCCUGGAAUCAACCAUUCCUCAGUUUGGGGAGGAGCAACCACUAAGCUAAAUGCAAGGACCCUUUCCCUUCAUACCAGUGUUAGCAUGGCUGAAUGUCCUUGUAUUUUGCUUUAAAGACAGUUUUUAAAUGCUCUGGAGGUGGAUAGGACUAUGCCAUCAUUUGUUUUUUAUAACAACAAUCAUUGGUGAAGGGGGGAAGGUAGUUUCUGCUCCCCUAUUUAGACUAGAUCCAGAAGUAGUACCACCCUCUUCCCUGUUAUGAUACAGGGUUUUGUUCUACAACUUUCUGGUGCAUUGCUCUGUGAAUGUUGGAUUCUUUUCCAAGUGUACAAGGUAGGCUCCAAAGUCUACUUGAUGCAGUAAACCAGGACACUUAUGAUUAUUGGGGAUUGGGGAGGGCAGUUGUGUGGGGGUGGGCCAAGGCUGUUUGAGCUCAAUCAGACUUGAUAACACUUUAAGCAUUUCCACCAUAAUGUUGGAACUGAACACAUUGGCCAAAUAAAGUUGAAAUUUUAA